AGGAACCCAGGAUGCCUGCCUGCCUGCCUCCCUGCAGCCCGCCCACCUGUUCUUCCUCUGUCUGUCCUCCUUCUCCUUCUCCCUACCCUCCCUCCACCUUUCCUUCUCUAGGAAGAGCAAGACACACACACACACAGAGCAAGCAACAGAGAGAGAGACAGGGAGAGGGAGAGAGAGAGAGCGAGCCCGUUCAGGCGUGUAGGUGCUGGACUCUGACUCACUCUUGGCAACCAAGAGACUCACUCUUGGCAACUGGCUGUGCGGCUCUGCGCCCUUUUUUUUUUUUUUUUUUUUUACAGGCAGAGUUAUAGACAGAGAGAGAGACAGAGAGAAAGGUCUUCCUUCUGUUGCUUCACUCCCCAAAUGGCCACCAUGGCCGGCGCUAGGUGCUUCCUGGCCUCUCAUGCGAGUGCAGAGGCCCAAGCACUUAUGCGAUCCUCUACUGUCUUCCCGGGCCACAGCAGAGAGCUGGACUGGAAGAGGAGCAACCAGGACAGAAUCCAGCGACCCAACUGGGACUAGAACCCAGGCUGCUCAUGCCGCAGGCGGAGGAUUAGCCUUGUGAGCUGCAGCACCAGCCCUCCGCACCCUUUUAAAACCGAUGCCCUUUUAGCUCCUAGCGCUCAGGGCGGGACAGGGCAGGCCGAGCUGUCCUUCAAAAUGAUUCGGAGGUGGGGGUGAGCUUCUCACUGGCUGUCCCUCCGAUUACUGGAAAAAAAAAAAAAAAAAAGGCACCAGAAAUCUCACACACAUUUAACUAAAACAGCAAACUUCAAGAAGGAGAAAACAAUUCCAACAAUAGCGCUAGUUUUCCUUGGGGAAGACGGGUAUCAGUGCCCCUGUCAGCGCCCUUGCAGACGAAGCCUUAGAGGCAGCCGCAAAGAUUAAUCUAUAACCUAGCUGCCUUGGAGCCACUCUCACCCCAGCCUUCCUUAACCAAUAAACCCGGGUACCUACACAAUUCCUGUACUUAAAUACCCAGUGAGCUCUGAACUGACUCAGUACUCUGCAAUGGAGCUGCUGCCCGGGCACCCCUUCACUUUUCUGUAGCUUCUGCUUCUGCGUCUGCUGGCAGCUGGGCUCUGGGCGCCGCUGGCCGGUGAGUGCUUUCAGGGCAGGGCACAGGGCAGGGAGAGAGGGUGGGGACCUCCUCGCAGGCCUGCGCUUCCCUGAGGCGGCUUCUCCUGGAGUCCAAGGAAGAGGAUGGGAUGGAGCAGUGGGAACUGCUGGUGCCCUACCCCCCAUCCUGCCCACAGUAGGCACGGAGCAAGGGGGCACGCAAAUGAGUGCGAACCUUGCACGGAGGCGUCCCCGCUCGACACCCACAAACUCCCACUCCAACCCACCAGCGUCCACUUGCUGCCAGCCACUGACAACUGGGCAGAGCAGACAGAAAUGCUGCGAGACGUGGUGGACGCCCUCAACCAGCAAGUGGCAGAAAUGAAACAUUCCACAAGCAAGGGUGAGCCUGAAAGUCCCUGGGCAGAGGGCAGGUUUGUGAACCAGGACUGAGGAUUUCCACGUGCAGAACUGGACAAUGCGCUUCCUUUGGAGGCCCAGCGACAAGGUGGAGAGAUCCCCUGAGCCUGCAGGGCAGGAUGUGCUGUCAGCGUGGAGCCAGUGGUGGCACACACGGGUCCUGGCAGUUCAGCUUCGGUGGACAGAUCGGUCUCCUCUUUGACCCAGACACCAGAAUGUGGACAGAGGUUCAUCCUGGGGCCAGCUGGAUGAAGACGACCUGGGAGAAUGACAGGCAGCUGACUGAGUUCUUGCAGAAGGUGUCCGUGGGAGACUGCACAAGGUGGCUAGGGAGCUUCUUGUUGCCCAGGGAGGAGAUGCUGGAGUCUACAGCAUGGCCACCCACAACCUCAGGACCGGUCCCAUUCAAGGCCACGGCCACCAUGCCCAUGCCCUGGACCAUUCUCCUGCUCCUCACCAGCUCAGUCCUCCUUGUCAUGCAAGGGGAGCCAUUCUGAGUGACAGGGCACAGGGCCAGCAGCCAGUGGCGCGAAGAAGUCCUUGUAACUGUAUGUAAAUGAGUUGGCUGUCCUUAAAUACGCAGUCAGUGCUGAACUCACUCACUCCGGCAUGGAGCUGCUAGCCCUGCGCUGCUUCACGUCCCUGCUGCUUCUGCUCCUGCCUCUGCUGGCAGCCGGGCUCCGGGCACUGCUGGCCGAUGCUCACUCCCUCUGCUACAACAUAACUGUCAAUCCCAAGGCCAGACCUGGACAGCAACGCUGUGAUGUUCAAGGUCACGUGGAUGACAGGAGGAUUCUGCACUGUGACUGCAGCUUCACUAAGAUCAGCUUUUUUGACCCCCUUGGGAGGGAAGUGGAUGCCAUUGACAACUGGGCAGAGCAGACAGAAAUGCUGCGAGACAUGGUGGACGCCCUCAACCAGCAAGUGGCUGAAAUGAAACAUUCCACAAGCAAGGAUCUCCAGAGCCUGCAGGGCAGGAUGUGCUGCUGGCGUGGAGCCAGCGGCGGCAGGCACGGGUCCUGGCAGUUCAGCUUCGAUGGAAAGAUCGGCCUCCUCUUUGACCCGGACGCCAGAAUGUGGACAGAGGUUCAUCCUGGGGCCAGCUGGAUGAAGACGACCUGGGAGAAUGACAGGCAGCUGACUGAGUUCUUGCGGAAGGUGUCCAUGGGAGACUGCACAAGGUGGCUGGGGAACUUCUUGUUGCCCAGGGAGGAGAUGCUGGAGUCUACAGCGCAGCCACCCACAACCUCAGGAGCUGUCCCAUCCAAGGUCACGGCCACCAUGCCCAUGUCCUGGACCUUUCUCCUGCUCCUCACCGGCUCAGUCCUCCUUGUCAGGUGUCUUCACUAGCUUGACCCGUGCAGUUGAUGCAAGAUGUGAUAUGGAAGCUUGAAGAGCUUGAGGCAAAUGGGAUGGAGACAUUGGGCUGCCAGAGAAGGCUGAUGCACAAGUUUCUU